AUGUAUUACUAUGUGAAUUAUUAUAGUGUUUUGUUUUUGUUAUUUUGUGUGGUUACGCAUUGUGAUGAGUUAUCUGAAGGUUCAGAAUGCGAAUCCGAAGACGGUAUAAAAGGCACCUGUAUCGACAUACAUAAGUGUAUGCAAUAUGUCAUGCCUUUGAAGACUAGACAGAAAUAUCCUCAGAUAUGUUCGUUCAAUGGUCAAAUUCCUGUAGUCUGCUGUACUGAUUGUGAAUACGUCAAUGACACGAGAAACGUCCUGGUGGAUGGAUUUGGAUCGCAUUACUUCAAAGUGGGAAAUAAAGCCUAUGACAAAUGCAUGGAGUACGUGAUAGACUCGCCGUACUCUUGCCGGCUGUGGGGAGGGGUGCAGCGGUACCUGGUAGAGGAGCAGGGCUGCUACGGGUAUACUCCGACUGUGGCACUCGCUGCUGCAGGAGGCAUCGAUGCUGGUAGAGGACAGUAUCCUCAUAUGGCACUGUUAGGUUAUGGGGAGGACACCGAGUCAGCUGACUGGCUGUGCGGAGGUACUCUCAUCAGUCAUCGAUACAUCCUCACUGCUGCACACUGUCUUUCCAGUCGAGCUGUAGGUCCAGUAAAGUACAUAGCCCUGGGUCUCCUGAAGAGAUCAGACCCUCGGGACACAUGGCAGAUAUACAACGUGCAGGCAACUAUACCUCAUCCAGAAUUCAAACCGCCUUCAAAAUAUCAUGAUAUUGCACUAUUACUUACUGACAAAUGGGUACCAUUCACCCCUUUAGUUUUACCAGCAUGCCUAUCUGCUGGAAGCUUGCAAGACCAGGCCUUUGCAACUGGAUGGGGAGCCACUGGGCACCGCGAGGCGCUCUCUGAUACGUUGCAAAUUGUGACUCUAACAGCGUACACCGAGGAGGAAUGUAUGGGAUUCUUCCCCCCUCACCGGCAGAUGCAGAACGGAUAUGAUCACAACACACAAAUGUGUUACGGAGCCAAAGAUCAGAUUAAUGAUACUUGUGAGGGUGACAGUGGAGGUCCCCUCCAAGUUCGUUCAGAGCUCUCCUCCUGUGUCCACACCAUCAUAGGAGUGACGUCACAUGGAAAACCUUGCGGCUUCGUUGGAGGUUCUGGAGUCUACACCAGGGUGGAAUACUACGUACCCUGGAUAGAAAGUAUUGUGUGGCCUUGA